UUAUAUGGCGCAAAUUUUUUGUUCAAAUGGCGCUGUUGAGCCUGCGUCUUCGGCCAAAGCCAUUGACGGUAUCACCUUUGAAAGUGUUAGGCGUUGGAGCAUUGAACAAGUUACAAUUUGGUUACAAGAAAACAAUUUUAAAGAGCAUCAAAAGCUUUUUGCCGAGAAUGACAUUAAUGGUGAUGUGCUCUUAGAAUUAGAUCAUGAAGUUCUUAAAGAACUAAAAAUUAGAUCGAUCGGCGAUCGUAUUAGGCUCAUAGCUGCA